UGAGCCUAGCACCCCUCCAGAGGUGCCUCCAGAGGCUUCUCAAGAAAGCCAGAAAUCCCGAUGGCUUAGCCGCAAUGAUCGAAUUCGUAUUUUAACUCUACGAGAUGCUGGAUUUACCUAUCAACAGAUCUGCUCUCGGCUUGAAUUUACGCACCGCCAAGUUCAAUAUACUGCCAGAAUCCAAAAGGAUUCAAAUCGUUGUAGGGCCCCCUGUACUAACAUUCUUACCGGGGUCAACCGGAGUAGAGGUUAGUUGUCAGGGUUCGGUUAGAUUGUACUCAGCAAGCUUCAUCCGAAUCAGCAUAGAAUCACGGGCCCAGAGCUAUAUUGACAGCGUAUGUGGGGGGUGAAUUCGACCUGGGAAUUUCUUCGAGCACUAUAAAUACGAUUCAUGUACCCCAACCAAAUGGAAUCAACAAGCCCCAUCACAGCCUACUCAAUUAUACCAAACACACUGGGUACCGUCAAGUAUUUCUGAUUUUCAAUCUCCCAAUUUUCAAAAGACUGCUGCAGGAUUUCCUCCUAAACUAUACUCAAAAUUCUCGAAAAUGUCGACGACUCAGGUUCAAUUGUGCAAGUCAUACCUACGCGAAGCCCGUGACUCUGUCAGCGUAUAUGAAUGCAUGGAAAUUUACGACAAAUGGGCCGCCACCUACAACGACGAGGUUGGGGACGAAGCUCAAGAUUAUGUCGCCCCAGAGCUUGUGGCCCAGGCGGUUCUCCGAUUCUCGAAGAACUCGACCAAAGGUGUGAUACUGGAUGCCGGUUGCGGAACCGGUCUUGUGGGACAGGCUCUUGUGACGGCCGGCGCCACAGCCAUCGAUGGGCUUGACUUCUCUCCUGCCAUGCUCACCAUGGCCAAGAAGACUGGCGUAUAUCGCAAACUUAUCCACGGGGAUCUUACGUGUCGGAUCAAUGUGACGGAUGAAGCGUAUAACAUAGUUGUCUGCGUGGGCACAUUCACCCUUGGCCAUGUUGGUUCUCACCCUGCUUUGAGAGAAUUCGUCCGCAUCACCAGGACAAAUGGCAUCGUGGCUGCAACUAUUCUUCAGGAGGUCUGGGUACCAGGAGGCUUCCAAGCCGAAGUUGAAGCAUUGGCAGCUGAAGGUCAGGUGGAUGUGGUUUUUCAGGAGCUGAUAGACUACGUGAAGGGGCAUGGCGACAAAGCAAUGUUGGUGAUCCUGAAGAAGACCACCCGCGCUGAAAAAGGAAGGCUUGCGAUUUGAUACAAUCUAUAUUGGCUGCUUAAGAUAUAUUUAUCAUAGACACCUGAUAGCAAUGGACUCGGACUCCGAGUCUCUAUAGAAGUAGACUAAUUUUGAAUAUUCUACAUUUGACGAUAGGCGUUUCGCUGUUUUCACGAAGUCAUUAAGCAGGUACUGCUUUGCCCUAUGCUACACUGUUCAUCGUAGGUAUGGAGAGGUUCAAGGCCAAAGAAAAGAAAGUAAGGCCAGAUAAGUAUGCCUUCUGCUUGAGUUUGCUCAGCAAAGUUGAUAAGUUGAUUUGUCCGAUGUUUAUCUUAGUCAAUUCAAUGGUCGCUUUGGCGAAG